GAAAUGGCAAAAGGAAAUCUUUCAGUAGUAACUGAGUUUAUACUUGCUGGGUUAACAGAGAGGCCUGAACUCCAGCUGCCCCUCUUCUUCCUCUUCCUGGGAGUCUACAUCUUCACAGUGGUGGGGAACCUUGGCAUGAUUACCUUGAUUGGGCUCAGUUCUCAUCUGCACACCCCCAUGUACUAUCUCCUCAGCAGUUUGUCCUUCAUUGACCUCUGCCACUCCACUGUCAUCACACCCAAAAUGCUGGUCAACUUUGUGACAGAAAAAAACAUCAUCUCCUACCCUGAAUGCAUGAUUCAACUCUAUUUCUUUUCAGGUUUUGCUAUCUCAGAGUGUCACAUGUUGGCUGCCAUGGCAUAUGACCGUUAUGUUGCCAUCUGUAAGCCCUUGCUUUACCAUGCUACCAUGUCAGCCCAAGUCUGUUGGUGGAUGGUAGGUGGGGUGUACAGUGUGGGUUUGGUUGGUGCCACGGCUCACACAGUCUGCAUGCUAAAAGUGCUUUUUUGCAAGGCAGAUAUAAUCAAUCAUUACUUCUGUGACCUUUUCCCAUUAUUAAAGCUCUCCUGCUCCAGUACUUUUAUCAAUGAGGUGGUAGUUCUGUGCUUAAGUGCAUUUAAUAUUCUUCUUCCAGCCUUGACCAUUCUCAGCUCCUACAUCUUCAUUAUAGCCAGCAUCCUCCGCAUCAACUCCACUGCAGGCAGGUCAAAAGCCUUCAGCACCUGCAGCUCCCACAUCUUGGCUGUGGCUGUGUUCUUUGGUUCUGCUGCGUUCAUGUACCUUCAGCCCUCAUCAGUCAGCUCCAUGGACCAAGGGAAGCUGUCAUCAGUGUUUUACACUACCCUUGUACCUAUGCUGAAUCCGCUGAUAUACAGCCUGAAGAAUAAGGAUGUGAAAGUUGCUCUGAAGAAUUUCUUCAAACAAAAAAAGUUUUCAUGA